GUCGUUAAGCUCCCGCUGCCAUUCAUUCUUUUUAACGGGCACCGACGCUCAAUCAGUGUCCAAAGUCUGCUCCUUGACGGCUCCCUCUCCCUGCCGUGCGGUACUAUCUAAUGAUGCCCCCGAGUGCUGCUCUGACUGCUUCUGAUCCUGCUGGGCCUUCCGACACCAGCAGCGCCUACACGAGGUUGCACAUCUCUCCUUUCGACCAGGACCUCUUGAAAGUCGUUAUCCCAGCCGCAAUCUUGCCAAACGCCCGGAACAUCUCUUUCCACACCAUCGAAACCUUCCCCGACAAGCGCUACGGCUUCGUCGACGUGCCCGAAGCGGACGCUGAGAAGAUCAAGAAAAGGCUGAACGGCGCCGUGCUGAAGGGCUCCAAGAUGCGCAUCGAUAAGGCCCGCCCCGCCGAGGACUACAUGCCCGUGGCCGAGAGCGAAGAGACUGGCAAAAAGCGAAAGAAGUCGUCCAAGGAAAAGGAGGAGAGGAAGAGACAGAAGCGCGACGAGAAUGUCCUUGAGGGCGUUGAGCUCCGCGAUCGCAAGGUCAAGCGGGGUUGGACCGUCCCCGAGGAAGCCAAGAUAAGGGAGAAGAAGAGCAAAAAGGAAAAGGGAGAGAAGAAGGAAAAGAAGGACAAGACAAAGAAGCGCGAGGAGCGUUCAAAGUACACGGACAGAGAGGAGUGUCUUCUCAAGACAAAGCUGCCCUCCAAGCAGCUCCCAGCGGCUGUCGACCCCGAGGACGAGGGCGAUCGCAAGAAACGCAGGAAGAAGGCCAAGGAGGUUGUUAUCCACGAGUUCGAGAAGACGACAAAGUUCCCUACCUUCCUCAAGGCCGCUAAGCCUGCGCCGACCGAGAACCUUACAACCGAAUUCGUUGAAGGCAAAGGAUGGGUCGACACCCAAGGGAACGUGAUCGAAUCGGCCAAGACUAGGAGAACAGCCACGGCACCUGUCCCCGAAUCCAAGGCCCCGAAGCCAGCAAAGAAGGCCAAGGCUCCCACGCCGCCGCCUGUGGAGGACGAUACUACGAGCAGUAGCGGCACCUCGUCUGACGAGGAUACUUCUUCAGACGAGAGCUCAGAUGAGGAGGCAGAGCCGGCUAAGGCGGCACCAGUGACGCCUGCAAAGCAAACGCCAAAGGCCGCAAAUGAUGAAGACACUAGCAGCGAAUCAUCAUCAUCGUCCGACGAGGAUAGCUCCGACUCGGACGAGGAGGUGGUGGUCGAAACUACAAAGACUUCUGUCCCUGCCAACUUCGACAGUCCGCUAUCCGCAAUCAAGGCCGCUGAUGCAUCGCGACCCAGAUCCGCCGCUUCCAAUGCCAGUCUGACUAUCAAGAUACCACCAUCCACUCCGGCCCAAGUUCAUCCCUUGGAAGCUCUCUACAAGCGCCCGAAGCAGGACGGCAAUGAGGUUACCGAGCCCGCCAAAGAAGCUGAACCUUUCAGUUUCUUCGGUGGCGGCGGUGAUGAUAUUGAAGAAGACGAGGACGUCGCAGCAUCCAGCCAAAUGCCCAUGACCCCAUUCACCGCACAAGACGUCGAGUGGCGCAACGUUAGAAGCGCUGCACCCACGCCCGACACAGCGCACCCCAACCACACGAAGCCGUUCUGGGCUAUCGGUCACGAGGGCGAAGAGGAGGAGGACGACGACGAGGAGACCCGCGAGGAGAUUGAGGCGACGUUGAACGCGGAGCGAAACGCCGACCCCGAGGGCAGCAGCGGACCCGGAGGCGACUUUCAAAAGUGGUUCUGGGAGAACCGGAGAGACCUCAACCAGUCGUGGAUGAAGCGCAGGAAAUCGGCGGCCAAGGAGAGGCGGCACCGCGACAACAAGUCGCGCGCCUCCAAGGCUGUGUAG